GGACAAAGUGCUGGUGUGUCCCAUGAAGUCAGCGCCGGUCCUGCUGACGCUCUCAGACUCCAAACACGUCGUCCUGCCAGUGGACGACGACUCAGACCUCAAUGUGGUGGCUGCCUUCGACAGGCGGGGGCAGUACAUCUACACAGGCAACGCCAAAGGAAAGAUCCUGGUUUUGAAAACAACCAAUCAGGAGCUGGUGGCUUCCUUCAGAGUUACGACAGGCACCAGCAACACCACCGCCAUCAAAUCCAUUGAAUUUGCACGCAAGGGCAG